AGAACGUGUCCAAGAUGGCCGGCGGCAAGGAACGGACCAAGACCAUAGUCUUUCUACACCCAGACCUGGGCAUUGGGGGCGCUGAGAGGCUGGUUGUGGAUGCGGCGGUGGGAUUGCAGAAGCGAGGGCACAGGGUCGUCAUCUUCACGAGCCACUGCGAUCCCGCCCACUGCUUCGACGAGGCCCGCGAUGGCACCCUCGACGUCCGCGUGCGCGGCAACACGCUCGUCCCGCCGACCCUCCUCGGCCGCUUCGCCAUCCUCUGCGCCAUCCUCCGCCAGCUGCACCUGAUCCUGCACAUCGCCCUCUUCACCUCGGAGCUGCGCGACCUCGGUCCCGAUACCUUCUUCAUCGACCAGCUCAGCGCCGGCCUGCCCGCGCUCAAAUCCCUCGCCCCGACCCCCGCCCCCAUCUUCUUCUACUGCCACUUCCCGGACCUGCUCCUCGCCCAGGGCCGCGCCCGCCUGCUCAAACGCCUCUACCGCGUGCCCUUUGACGCCCUCGAACAAUGGAGCAUGGCCUUCGCCGACGCCAUAGCCGUCAACUCGGAGUUUACCAGGGGAAUAGUGUCCCAGACAUGGCCCGCGCUGGCAAGAACCAAACAGCUACAUGUCGUCUACCCGUGCAUCGACACCUCCGUCGCCGCCGCCGACGACGACGGCAAUUACCACCAUGGAAUAGAGCUUCUCCCCUGGAAACAAAACGGCGUCAUCCUCUCCAUCAACCGCUUCGAGCGCAAGAAGAACGUUGCCCUCGCCCUGCGCGCCUUCGCCCUCCUCCCGCCGGCCAGGCGCCGCAAGGCCAAGCUGGUCCUCGCGGGCGGCUAUGACAGCCGUGUGGCCGAGAAUGUGGCCAACCAUGCCGAACUGGUCGCGCUGGCGGAGGAGCUGGGGCUGAAGAGCGCCACGACACGGACCCUCGUGUCGGCGCUGAAUGUCGGCGGCGGUGAUGGUGAUCGUGAGGUCGAUGUGUUGUUUUUGUUGUCGGUGCCAAACCUGUUGAAGGAGAUGUUGCUGCGCUCGGCGAGGUUGUUGGUAUACACCCCGAACAAUGAGCAUUUCGGGAUCGUGCCGCUUGAGGCGAUGCUGAGGGGGGUGCCUGUGCUGGCGGCGGAUAGUGGCGGGCCUAGGGAGACGGUGGUGGAGGGCGUGACGGGGUGGUUGAGGGAUCCGGCAAGGCCCGAGGAGUGGAGUAGGGUUAUGGACAGGGCGCUGAAUGACAUGUCGUCUGGGGAGCUGGAGGAGAUGGGGAAGGCCGGGGUGGAGAGGGUGAGAGGGAAAUUUGCGGAGGGGCAAAUGGCUGAGCAGUUGGAGCACAUCUUUGAGCAGAUGAAGUGGACACCGGGCAUGUCUCGGGCGUCGGUGGUGUUGGCUGGGUUGAUAGCGGCUGUGGGUGUGCUGGUUUCGGUGGUGCUGGCCGGGAGGAUAGGGAGGUAG